AUGGAUAUCUCUGCAGAAGAGGAGAAGCCGUUGUAUUCUCAGCGACCUGAGUGGGCCGAUGUCAUUCCUUUAGAACAGUACGAGAAUGUCACCCCUCUAGCGCCAAUCUUUUACACGGAUGAAUGUUCAACCUCACUCAAUGCGACGAUUGGGUUGUAUCUAUUAGACAAAGAUGCCACGAAUUAUUUCAGAGGGAUUGUCAGGAGCGGUGAGAUGAGUCCCAGGGUGCUGGAGCUCACCGAGAAUAUUAUCCGGCAGAAUCCUGGACACUACUCUGCAUGGAGAACACAGAUGGCGUUUCCACGUGCGAUCAGGCAGUACAGGUACAAAACACUUAUGGCAUUGAAGUCUCCCCUGGACGAUGAGCUCCAGUUGAUGGAUGAGCUUGCGAUCAAGCACCUGAAGACAUAUCAAGUCUGGCAUCAUCGCCGGCUGCUCGUGCAGCAGACCUGCAGCCCUGGCCCCGAGCUCGAGUUCAUCGCUAACUCGCUCCAAGCUGAUACGAAGAACUACCACACGUGGUCGUACAGACAGUGGAUCCUCGCGUACUUCAAUGACGACAAGCUCUGGAGUCAUGAACUGGACUUCGUGGAGAGCAUGCUUGAAAAUGAUGUGCGGAACAACUCUGCAUGGCAUCACAGAUUCUUCGUCGUCUUUCAAUCUGGAGUACGGAACGGGGAUGAGGACAGAGAUGAGAUCGUUCGGCGGGAGCUUGCGUUCGUAAAGGAGCGGAUCGCGAUAGCGCCGAAUAAUGCAUCUGCGUGGAAUUACUUGCGCGGGGUGCUCGAUCAUUCUAAAAUCCCUUAUUCCGAUCUGCAAGCAUUCGUGAUGCCUUAUUCUCUGCCCCAAACUCCUUUUGGUACACCCCCUGAAGUCGUUGAUCUAGAGAGCCCUCUUCCCUCGAAGGAUGCACAAUUGCCCUGCGUCGCUGCUAUGGAAUUCAUGGCUGAUAUUCACGAGGCGGCAGGGGGCGAGGAGUUAAUUAAAUCCACUGAGCUUUGGAAAUCCCUGGCCAACGAGCACGAUACUAUACGCAAAAGAUACUGGGAAUACAGAAUCAAAGAAUCAUCGAAGACUCAGUCAGCUGGUGACGACUGA